CUAAUCGCCUCCAAUACUUGAAAAUCAAAAGACCCCAAAGAGAUGGAUAGAUCACGAUUGUUGCCUCUAACCGUGCUAUGCACUGUGGUCCUUCUAGGGUCUCUAGCUCUUACUCAGGCAAAAAAAUCUAAUGGAGAUCUGAAAGAAGUCACUCACAAAGUUUACUUUGAUGUUGAAAUUGCUGGAAAACCUGCUGGUAGGAUAGAAGUUAUAUAUUUUUCUAAUCUGCUUAAUUUCUUAUAUGCAGAAAAUUUCCGAGCACUCUGCACAGGGGAAAAAGGUGUUGGAAAGAGUGGUAAACCUCUCCACUACAAAGGAAGUGCCUUUCACCGCAUUAUUCCGAACUUCAUGCUUCAAGGUGGUGAUUUUACACUUGGUGAUGGAAGAGGUGGGGAAUCAAUCUAUGGUGAGAAAUUUGCUGAUGAGAAUUUCAAGUUGAAGCACACCGGACCUGGGCUUUUGUCAAUGGCAAAUGCUGGUCCCGACACCAACGGAUCUCAAUUCUUCAUUACAACCGUGACAACCAGCUGGUUGGAUGGAAGACACGUGGUGUUCGGAAAGGUGUUGUCUGGUAUGGACGUGGUUUACAAAAUCGAGGCGGAAGGAAGGCAGAGUGGCACACCCAAGAGCAAAGUUGUGAUUGCUGACAGUGGCGAAAUGCCUCUGUAAUUAUCAACGCUUGAGUCUUUGUUUAUUCCAUGAUAAAUCCUGGGAGAUGAACUUUUCGUUUAAGAUGUUUUCUUGCAAGUUUUGAAAGUAGAGUUUGUUUAGCGGAUGAAGAUCAUAUCUUUUAACUUGGCAUUAUGGUCCACGUUAAAAUGUAGAAGCAAUUGUUGGUGGAAACAGCCUCUUGAGUUGAGACUCAAUGAACUUGCCAAAUUGGAAGAAAGCUUUGUCUUUAACUAGAACCGAGUCAGAUCAUUUGGUUAUACGCAAUAUAUAUGGUUUGACCUUUGGCCA